UGAGCACCUACAGUAUGUAAAGCAACAUACUUAGUGGGCAUCCAAAAAUCUAAGAAGCUCCACACUCCCAACUUUAAGAAGUUUAUAACCUAGCUGAGGAGUUGGGGUGGCAGAGGAGUGGUCUAAUACUAAAGUUAUUGUCCUGGCUCCACAAAGCACAUCUCAUACCAGUUCAGAUAUAAUCCCUCUAAGAAGCAGAAUGCCAUAUGACAGCAUAGGCUAAGAGCCAAGAACAGAACCAAGUGGAGUGGGGCUGGUAAGGAUUUGGAGCUGUGUCUUCACAAGUUGAGACUCCCCUGGGUGGGUAGGGAAAUGAUACCACUGCUAUCAGCUCUUUCAUUUUCCAUAUUCCAGGUUGAGAUAAAUAAGGUUAGGAAGUGAAUCUAUCGGCCAGGCGUGGUGGCUCACGCCGGUAAUCCCAGCACUUUGGGAGGCCGAGGCAGGUGGAUCUCUUAAGGUCAGGAGUUCAAGACCAGCCUGGCCAACAUGGUGAAACCCUGCCUCUACUAAAAAUAAAAAAUUAGCCAGGCAUGGUGGCAUGUGCCUGUAGUCCCAGCUACCUGGGAGGCUGAGGCAUGAGAAAUGCUUGAACGUGGGAGACAGAGGUUGCAGUGAGCCAAGAUUGCGCCACUGCACUCCAGCCUGGGUGACAGAGUGAGACUCUGCCUUAAAAAAGAAAAAAAAAAAUCUGAAUCUAUCUCCUAUCUCCCAGCUGGGUGCAGUGGCUCACUUUGGGAGGCUGAGGUGGGAGGAUUCCUUGAGUUCAGGAGUUCAAGACCAGCCUGGGUAACACAGUGAAACCCUGUCUGUAUUCUCAAUAUAAAUAAUUUGUCUAAAACUUUUAAACAAAAGUUUAAGAUUCUUUUCUGAUAAAAAAGAAUCCAUCUCCCACUCCUGUUCCAAAUUUGAGGAAAGCAUUAUUGACCUGGCAACAAUAAACAGUAGAAAAAAAGAAAUAGCAGAAAUGGGCAAAAAAAUAUGUUCUCUGGAUAUAGAGAUGAGGCCUCCAGGGGGCAGCACCAAGGCAGAGAAAUAGACUAAGAUCGCUCAGUGUUUUCCUUGGUCUGGGGCUCCCCACAGUUCCCCACCAUCACUCCUCCCAUUCCUUCCAACUUUAUUUUUAGCUGCCAUUGGGAGGGGGCAGGAUGGGAGGGAAAGUAAAGAAAACAGAAAAGGAGAGGGACAGAGGCCAGAGGACUUCUCAUACUGGACAGAAACCGAUCAGGCAUGGAACUCCCCUUCGUCACUCACCUGUUCUUGCCCCUGGUGUUCCUGACAGGUCUCUGCUCCCCCUUUAACCUGGAUGAACAUCACCCACGCCUAUUCCCAGGGCCACCAGAAGCUGAAUUUGGAUACAGUGUCUUACAACAUGUUGGGGGUGGACAGCGAUGGAUGCUGGUGGGCGCCCCCUGGGAUGGGCCUUCAGGCGACCGGAGGGGGGACGUUUAUCGCUGCCCUGUAGGGGGGGCCCACAAUGCCCCAUGUGCCAAGGGCCACUUAGGUGACUACCAACUGGGAAAUUCAUCUCAUCCUGCUGUGAAUAUGCACCUGGGGAUGUCUCUGUUAGAGACAGACGGUGAUGGGGGAUUCAUGGCCUGUGCCCCUCUCUGGUCUCGUGCUUGUGGCAGCUCUGUCUUCAGUUCUGGGAUAUGUGCCCGUGUGGAUGCUUCAUUCCAGCCUCAGGGAAGCCUGGCACCCACUGCCCAACGCUGCCCAACAUACAUGGAUGUUGUCAUUGUCUUGGAUGGCUCCAACAGCAUCUACCCCUGGUCUGAAGUUCAGACCUUCCUACGAAGACUGGUAGGGAAACUGUUUAUUGACCCAGAACAGAUACAGGUGGGACUGGUACAGUAUGGGGAGAGCCCUGUACAUGAGUGGUCCCUGGGAGAUUUCCGAACGAAGGAAGAAGUGGUGAGAGCAGCAAAGAACCUCAGUCGGCGGGAGGGACGAGAAACAAAGACUGCCCAAGCAAUAAUGGUGGCCUGCACAGAAGGGUUCAGUCAGUCCCAUGGGGGCCGACCCGAGGCUGCCAGGCUACUGGUGGUUGUCACUGAUGGAGAGUCCCAUGAUGGAGAGGAGCUUCCUGCAGCACUAAAGGCCUGUGAGGCUGGAAGAGUGACACGCUAUGGGAUUGCAGUCCUUGGUCACUACCUCCGGCGGCAGCGAGAUCCCAGCUCUUUCCUGAGAGAAAUUAGAACUAUUGCCAGUGAUCCAGAUGAGCGAUUCUUCUUCAAUGUCACAGAUGAGGCUGCUCUGACUGACAUUGUGGAUGCACUAGGAGAUCGGAUUUUUGGCCUCGAAGGGUCCCAUGCAGAAAACGAAAGCUCUUUUGGGCUGGAAAUGUCUCAGAUUGGUUUCUCCACUCAUCGGCUAAAGGAUGGGAUUCUUUUUGGGAUGGUGGGGGCCUAUGACUGGGGAGGCUCUGUGCUAUGGCUUGAAGGAGGCCACCGCCUUUUCCCCCCACGAAUGGCACUGGAAGACGAGUUCCCCCCUGCAUUGCAGAACCAUGCAGCCUACCUGGGUUACUCUGUUUCUUCCAUGCUUUUGCGGGGUGGACGCCGCCUGUUUCUCUCUGGGGCUCCUCGAUUUAGACAUCGAGGAAAAGUCAUCGCCUUCCAGCUUAAGAAAGAUGGGGCUGUGAGGGUUGCCCAGAGCCUCCAGGGGGAGCAGAUUGGUUCAUACUUUGGCAGUGAGCUCUGCCCAUUGGAUACAGAUAGGGAUGGAACAACUGAUGUCUUACUUGUGGCUGCCCCCAUGUUCCUGGGACCCCAGAACAAGGAAACAGGACGUGUUUAUGUGUAUCUGGUAGGCCAGCAGUCCUUGCUGACCCUCCAAGGAACACUUCAGCCAGAACCCCCCCAGGAUGCUCGGUUUGGCUUUGCCAUGGGAGCUCUUCCUGAUCUGAACCAAGAUGGUUUUGCUGAUGUGGCUGUGGGGGCACCUCUGGAAGAUGGGCACCAGGGAGCACUGUACCUGUACCAUGGAACCCAGAGUGGAGUCAGGCCCCAUCCUGCCCAGAGGAUUGCUGCUGCCUCCAUGCCACACGCCCUCAGCUACUUUGGCCGAAGUGUGGAUGGUCGGCUAGAUCUGGAUGGAGAUGAUCUGGUCGAUGUGGCUGUGGGUGCCCAGGGGGCAGCCAUCCUGCUCAGCUCCCGGCCCAUUGUCCAUCUGACCCCAUCACUGGAGGUGACCCCACAGGCCAUCAGUGUGGUUCAGAGGGACUGUAGGCGGCGAGGCCAAGAGGCAGUCUGUCUGACUGCAGCCCUUUGCUUCCAAGUGACCUCCCGUACUCCUGGUCGCUGGGAUCACCAAUUCUACAUGAGGUUCACCGCAUCACUGGAUGAAUGGACUGCUGGGGCACGUGCAGCAUUUGAUGGCUCUGGCCAGAGGUUGUCCCCUCGGAGGCUCCGGCUCAGUGUGGGGAAUGUCACUUGUGAGCAGCUACACUUCCAUGUGCUGGAUACAUCAGAUUACCUCCGGCCAGUGGCCUUGACUGUGACCUUUGCCUUGGACAAUACUACAAAGCCAGGGCCUGUGCUGAAUGAGGGCUCACCCACCUCUAUACAAAAGCUGGUCCCCUUCUCAAAGGAUUGUGGCCCUGACAACGAAUGUGUCACAGACCUGGUGCUUCAAGUGAAUAUGGACAUCAGAGGCUCCAGGAAGGCCCCAUUUGUGGUUCGAGGUGGCUGGCGGAAAGUGCUGGUAUCUACAACUCUGGAGAACAGAAAGGAAAAUGCUUACAAUACUAGCCUGAGUCUCAUCUUCUCUAGAAACCUCCACCUGGCCAGUCUCACUCCUCAGAGAGAGAGCCCAAUAAAGGUGGAAUGUGCCGCCCCUUCUGCUCAUGCCCGGCUCUGCAGUGUGGGGCAUCCUGUCUUCCAGACUGGAGCCAAGGUGACCUUUCUGCUAGAGUUUGAGUUUAGCUGCUCCUCUCUCCUGAGCCAGGUCUUCGUGAAGCUGACUGCCAGCAGUGACAGCCUGGAGAGAAAUGGGACCCUUCAAGAUAACACAGCCCAGACCUCAGCCUACAUCCAAUAUGAGCCCCACCUCCUGUUCGCUAGUGAGUCUACCCUGCACCGCUAUGAGGUUCACCCAUAUGGGACCCUCCCAGUGGGUCCUGGCCCAGAAUUCAAAACCACUCUCAGGGUUCAGAACCUAGGCUGCUAUGUGGUCAGUGGCCUCAUCAUCUCAGCCCUCCUUCCAGCUGUGGCCCAUGGGGGCAAUUACUUCCUAUCACUGUCUCAAGUCAUCACUAACAAUGCAAGUUGCAUAGUGCAGAACCUGACUGAACCCCCAGGCCCACCUGUGCAUCCAGAGGAGCUUCAACACACAAACAGACUGAAUGGAAACAAUACUCAGUGUCAGGUGGUGAGGUGCCACCUUGGGCAGCUGGCAAAGGGGAUCGAGGUCUCUGUUGGACUAUUGAGGCUGGUUCACAAUGAAUUUUUCCGAAGAGCCAAGUUCAAGUCCCUGACGGUGGUCAGCACCUUUGAGCUGGGAACCGAAGAGGGCAGUGUCCUACAGCUGACUGAAGCCUCCCGUUGGAGUGAGAGCCUCUUGGAGGUGGUUCAGACCCGGCCUAUCCUCAUCUCCCUGUGGAUCCUCAUAGGCAGUGUCCUGGGAGGGUUGCUCCUGCUUGCUCUCCUUGUCUUCUGCCUGUGGAAGCUUGGCUUCUUUGCCCAUAAGAAAAUCCCUGAGGAAGAAAAAAGAGAAGAGAAGUUAGAGCAAUGAAUGUAGAAUAAGGGUCUAGAAAGUCCUCCCUGGCAGCUUCUUCAAGAGACUUGCAUAAAAGCAGAGGUUUGGGGGCUCAGAUGGGACAAGAAGCCGCCUCUGGACUAUCUCCCCAGACCAGCAGCCUGACUUGACUUUUGAGUCCUAGGAUGCUGCUGGCUAGAGAUGAGGCUUUACCUCAGACAAGAAGAGCUGGCACCAAAACUAGCCAUGCUCCCACCCUCUGCUUCCCUCCUCCUCAUGAUCCUGGUUCCAUAGCCAACACUGGGGCUUUUGUUUGGGGUCCUUUUAUCCCCAGGAAUCAAUAAUUUUUUUGCCUAGGUGCCUGACUCCUUUCAGAUUCCCUCUUUAUCUUCCCUCACAGUUUGGAAAGGAUGAGGGUUAUCUUCCUCGAUUCUUCCACCCUCUCACUUUCCUGCCUGUUCCCCACUCCACAGGAGGGAGCUGACGUUGGCUUGAAAGGAGUAAAGUCAACAUCUGCUGCUUUCCUGUGGACUCUGGUGAUUCAUAGAGCCUGAUGGGGAGAGUCAACAGGAAAAAAGGAGGGAGGAGGAAAAGCCACAAGAGACAUUCUGUACAAUUCCAAGGAACAGAGAAGCCUUUAGACAGGCAACUGCCAUCCCCCCUGAAACCUGAGACCUGUAGUGCACUCGACCGCCCUCAGGUGUUGGUGAAACAGAGCUGCCCCCAGGCUCGCUGGGCAUAGGCUUCCUGAUUCCAAGCCUUUUCUGGGAGCAAAGCCAGGGCCUGGUGCCUGAUUUUCUGAAGCCAGGAGCCCUCAGGUGGCUGGAGCUGGAAUAGCAGGGAGGACUGGGUGUACCUAGGCAGUAUUUUCUCUACUUCUCUCAAGUCUUAUACUCACUCUUGAGCCCUCCUUGGGGCCUGCUUAGAAAGCAGACAGGAGAGAGAGUACUGCUACUUGAUGAUGGGAAAUGCUUUCACUUUACCAGCUUUGGGAAGCAGCAGCCCCAUGGGAUCUAAAAGUGUGGAGUCUGCAUUAAGAAACCUACAUGGGUGGCAUGGGGCUCUGGGGAGCAAGCCCUUACUUGCUCAGCACUGGUUAUGUAGCACAAAUAGCUCCUAGGAAAAUGUUUCUGGGGCAACCCUAGAACCCUGGUCAUAUUUUGCAGGGUUUCUCUGGUGGAAUCAGUUUGCCAGCCCUUGCUUGAUGCUUACUGGAAAUCUCCAGGUUAAUUUCUAUCUCUGAUCCCUCCCCAACCCACUCCAUAUUUGGGUCAUGGACAGUAAAGGCAGUUGGAUUCUUAUAGACAACUGGGUAACUUAUAUUUCUUUGUAAUCAAGACUUGAGAUAUCGAAGUCAGUUAUUGGUCUCCAGAGUGCAGCUCUGGGAGCCUUUUGAAGAAUCAGCACUCAUUAAGAGCUGAGAAGAGAGAAGACCUGAUUGGGUGGUUGACUAGCAGUCACAGAACCUGUCCUCCCAGGCUGUUCCUGAGGCCUGACCACAGUAUUUAUUUUGGCAUGUCUCUGGCCUUCUGCAGAGGCCCACCCUCAUGGGCAUUGUCUCUGUUUCCCAGUGGGGUGGACAGUAUAUCAGAUGGUCAGAACAAAUAAAGUUCAGUGUCAAAUGA